AUGCAGUUUAUGCCCUGUAUUACUGCCACUCCACCAGAGCAAGUGAGCACUCAUGGGUCUUGCUUUUCUACUACUGGGAAUCUUGAGCUCCUAUUGCAAAAACAGCCACCUGAAACUGGCAGACUUGAUAUUUGCAAGUUCCUUGCCUUGACAGUAAUCAUCAUGGAUAGUGUGUUCUUAACAGAGGACAAAGCCAAUUCUGUGUUAAAAAGAUACCCAAGAGCCAACACGUUCCUGGAAGAAUUAAAGCAAGGUGACAUAGAACAUGAAUGCAGAGAAGAAAUCUGUAGCUAUGAAGAAGCAAGAGAAGCAUUUGAAAAUGAGGAAAAAACG